AUGGAAAAAAAAAAAUCAUGCGAUAGGAACGAUAUGACAGAAAUUGUGCAAGUCACCAAAAUAGGCAAUAGCUAUAUAAGAUACAUUUUGCCCAGACGGGGUUUGCAUUAUUUGUACACAUACCAGUAUGCUUUAAUUGAGCUGCUAAACCGGAGCAAUAACGUCUUAGUCAGUUUGCUCUACUCUGACUGCAUGGUAUCGUACGUGGUUUAUUCGUUUUACAAAAUAAACGCGGCAAAGGUUGAUGCACAAGGGGGUGUAUCAACGUCUAAUGGGGACGCAGACAACACCUGUUCGCUUGAAGAUAAGACAAAGAAGAGACGAAAAAGGAAUAAUUUCGUAUGUCCAGACAAGUCCGUACUUAUGGUGGCCUCUUCACAGGCACAAACGUCCGCCCUGCUCGAAACUAUAAUAAAGUUAAAACCUCCAGAUGUGUCCACCUACUUAAUAAAUAACGAAGGGAAUAUUCAAACUGUGAGCUGCAAUUAUUUCCUUUACAAUAUAAUAAUUUUGAACGCAGAAAACUUCCCCCCCAACUAUGAUUUUUCCGUUUUGCUAGAACUUGUGAACUUCAUUGUAAUUGAUGAUCUGGGCGAACUGUAUCAGUUAAAAAUGGACUGUACAGUGAAAGGGAUUUUAACACUCUGUAAGGAAAAGCAAAACAGGGGGGACGCACUGCAACUUUUGCUAGUAAAUAAAUCUCAUGACCAGUGGGUCGUGAAUGACUUGCUGCAGCAUGCUCGCAGUGUAAAGUAUGAGGUUCUUGCGGGGGGAGAUGGAUGUGCGGUUGAUCCGAUUGACAAGGUUGACAAGUUUGACGGGGGUAGGACGUUUAACCAGCAUAACUAUGGGAGUGCUUUGCACGGCGACGAGCAGGGGAAAUACCUACCACCAGGGAAGAAGACACAAAACCGCGGUAAAACCACCGCACAGAGCGUUAACCAACGAUGGGGAACACCCCUCCACUACGUCAACCUACGGAACUGCAGAAAGAACAACUGCGACCAUUUCAGCAUUUGCGCCCCCAUGAGUGAAGACAAAAAAUUCCUAAUUCUGUUUUACCUUCUAAAAAUGAACAAAGGUAAAAAGAUCAUAAUUUAUUAUAGUAAGAGUGACGUGUACGCCUUUUAUGGAUUUGUCAAUGCGUACAUCCCUUGCGUGUUCGUGUCGAAUUCGCACAAAGUCGACUACAAGAAUAGCAUAGUGAGGACCUUCAACAAGACGGGGGAAUAUGUCCUAAUCACAGACGACAUGAGCAUAAAGAAGGCUUACCCCGUGGAUGCGCAUGUGCAUAUACACUACACCUUCCAACAGGAUGCUAAUUUGUACGUGGAUGCAUUGUUCGAGGGGGUUCCAAAAGAAACUCACGGUGUUGCGGUUAGCCCCGUGGUUGGAAGUGGUCACUUCGCAGAUACGCCCCCAGUUGUGCUGACCCAAUCCAUCCUGUUUUACAGCAAAAAGCAGCGCAAGCAGUACGAAGAGAUCAACGCGAUUUUUAAUUUUAAGAGCUAUCCCCUGCCGCCCGCCAAAGAGCUAAAAGAUAAUUUCCUCACUUUUCUGAUUGACGAAAUUAAGGAGGUCGUUAUUGAAGACAGUAAACACCUGGAAGAGGCCCAAAAAAUUCAUCAGCAAUAUGGACACACCUUCCUCUCAGCAGCGUUAUAUUAUAUACAAAAAAAAAAACUGUUUAAAAAAAAUUUAAAAAAAAAAGAUUUUUCCAAUGUGACUUUCAUUGUAGAGAGAAACACGCAGUUAAACACCAAGGGGAAAGUUUUAAUUUUUUUAAACGAUUUGUUGAAUUUAAAAAAGAAUGUUGGAGACAUCAAUUUUUUUGUACAAAAUUAUGUGUACUGCAAGAGGGGGUAUAUUAUGACUGUGCCGGAGGACAUAUACAACGUGAUACACAAGAAUAAAAAUACCGGCGAGAAUUCGAGUAAAUGGGCAGACGUGCACAUGUACAUUCUGUACAAUAAUUAUGAAAAUCGGUUGAGGGCUACACACCGCAGGAGGGGAGUAUACCAGUCGAAGAAGUCGCUCAGGCGACUCAAAAAACGAGUGAACAUGAAAAUGGAACGAGUCGAAAUGAACAAACUGAAGAGCUGGAUGUCGUCCACGUUUAAGUUAAACAGGAGGAACGUAAAAAGGGACGCUUCACCCGGGGUAACAGCGGGUCAGCCGACUUGA